UUGUUUUAACAAUGUGUAUUUUUACGACUUUACUGUUUUACCAGAACCUCAGUUUAUUAUUAUGUUAUUGUAUCAACAUUAUCAUGUUUUAAUGGGAAAUUUUGUUUUAUCGCGUGCUUAGUCUUUUAAUUAAUGUUCAACGCAUCUGUGAGGGACGAACAGACCCUCAAUAAAGUGUUAUUUUAAAUUUUAAUUAUUUUGAAAUUCCAUCGUCUAACUUCGAUCGUUUUAUCAAGUUAGGCUAAAAUCCAUAAAAAUUAUUUUCCACGGAUUUGGUUCCUUGUUGAGGAGGAUCAAUCUAGUCAUUAAUGCGUCACCCGGAACGUUCGAUAAAAUUCCAGUAUUGGACGCUAGGUCCUUAACAGCAACUUCCUGACCUCGUGGAAAAAACCCAGAAGGAACCCAAGAAUUCAAGAGUGGUCCUCAGAAGUCGUCUCCUCAAGAAUUAAUACCGUGAAAAAGACCGUGCCUCUUUAAGGAUAUCUGACACAUAUCCAAACCUCAGUGCCUCCACACCGCAGUGUUUAUGUUACCGAACAAGACCCAGAACAAUUUCAUCGAACCUCGAACAUUCCAUCGACGGUUUAUCCAGUCAUCUUAUAACUAACAGAUCUUCGACUCAGUUACAAGGUAUUUAUCAACACGAGAUUCGUUUGUAAACUCUCUCUCUUGAACGGGCUAGUAAUAAUUAAGGGGAACGUUAGUCAUGCUUGAUAUCGAGUAUAUCUGUAUUUUCUUUUGUUAUAAUUAAAAUUGUUAUUGUUAGUUAAUAUGGAAUCCGAGUGAAUCACUUCCUCGUCUCUCUCCUCACCUCUCCAAAUCCAACCGCUCAACCGCUACCGCUACCGCUCGCGUGACGUAAAGUCGCGAUUUCCGAAUCCUGCGAGAUUCGGUGGUGUCACAUCCUGACGUAGUGUCAAAGAGACACCGACCCUACGGUCAUACAUCGAAUCCACAUGUCAAAUGCCGCCGAGGAUAAUUGGAAAAAUGCAAAAUCGAUAUAUGAAUUUAUUGCUGUGGAUAUCAAUGGAAAUGAAGUUUUAUUGGAAAAAUAUAGGGGCCGUGUUGUUUUAAUUGUUAAUUCUGCAUCUAAUUGCGCAUUCACUCCCACAAAUUAUAUUCAACUGCAAGCAUUAUACGAGAAAUAUAACAGAACUCACGGUCUGCAAAUUUUGUGUUUCCCAUGCAAUCAGUUUGCAAAUCAGGAACCGGAGAAUGAAUCCUAUAUUAAAGAAUUUAUAAAAAAAUAUAAUAUCCAAUUUGAUAUGUUUAGUAAGAUUGAUGUUAAUGGAGACGAUGCUCAUCCUCUUUGGAAAUAUUUGAAGUUUAAACAGGGUAUCAAUUCUAUUAAAUGGAAUUUCACAAAAUUUCUGGUGGAUAAAAAUGGACAACCGGUUGCUCGUUAUCCACCUAAUUACCAACCACUGGAUAUCGAACCAGAUAUUUUGAAAUACAUUGAAAAGAGUAACUUAUGAUCUAUUAUGGAUCUUAGGAUGUUUUUUGUUGACACAAUACACAUGGAAUUUAAAAAUAUUUUUAUUAAACAGAAG